GUUCAAACGCAGUCAGUAGCCCGUUCCGACCUGUCUUCAGCGCGUGAGUACUCAUUUACUUAAUACAUAUUUAGGUCUUUAUAUUGGGAAGGCUUAACCUGGAUCCGAUAUUGUAUAUGAAUAAAAAAGUAAGUUUAAAUCUUAUAAUUUUUUUUAAUUGGUUUUCAAUCGUUGCUGAUUUUCACUUGUUUGCCCCAGUUAGAUGGUUAUGUUUCUUAGUGUAUGUGUUUUGUCUGUUUCGUUGUGAUUUUCUGUAGCCGUAGCAGCUUGACGGAGUUUUAAGCGCGAGAUGUUAUUAAGUCCGUCUUCAUCGCCGGAGUGUCACAGGUCUACAUUUUUUAGUAUCAAUGCGAUGUUCACAAAAUUAUGUUCUUCGCUUGAAGAGCAUUCUGAUGAACGUCGCAUUUUGUUAGUUAAUAACAAAUCACUGCGGUUGAGUUCGUUACUUUUUAAUAACAAUUUGUUUGUUUUAUUGAUUUAUUCCCUUAUUACAAGUGAACAUAUAAUUUUGGUAUCCACCUUCAACAGAGAAUCAAGAUUAUUGUUUACUUACCUCUUUACCAGUUAUAGGCCUUUCAAUUGCUUACCAAAAUCAUAAUAUUUACUUGUUACAAAGAUCCUUAAAAUAUAAGGUCUGUCGGUAAACAAACUUAAUUAAAAAUAACAGUCUACCUAGUAGUUAGUCUGCAAAAGUGCAUCCACUGCUGUGUUCCAUUUGACAGGAUAAGUAUGGCAGCAUAAUUACUUCAUUUGACUUAUAUUAUUUCAGCUAGUCUAUAAGGACUUUUGAUUUUUUGAAAUUGGUGGGAGAAAUCUAUAAGUCGUAGUAGCCACUUCCUGUAAGAUGAAUUGUUCACUUUUUUAACAUAGUAGAGCCAUGCUGCAGCUAUAUUGUGGUUGCAGUACGAAUGGGUAGGACCACGCUUUCACAGAAUAAUGGCGUAAAAUAUCAGAUUAAUGCUGCUGUGUUUUGAAUGGUAAGUGUAGAGAACCGGAGACCUCAGGGGUGACAAAGCAUCUGCAUUUUGAUUCUUAACUGAGGUUAAAUGUAGAUGUCUAUGGGCCAUAGCAUCUACUUACCAUAAGGUGGGCUAUGUGCUCGAUUGUAACCCUUAUUCUAUAAAAAAAAAAAACUCUUUUGUCAUAAUAUAAACAAUAAGCAAAAAUAAUAGUCCCUGGUCAGAGUGUAGUGGCAACGUAAAAGAAUACGCUAUCCCAUCUCAUUAUAUCGGUGACGUCAGAGCCGACUGAUAAUUCUCCUCAGUAGCAGCAGCAUCUUCAUGAUAACAACUCAAAAAUAAUAAAGAACUGCGUUAGUCAACCCGCUUGCUAAGCGUGGCAACUAUACUGAAAUUCUUCUCUAUGAGGUAACCUGUGCAAAAGCAGGUAGUUAUUUUCAAGUUUUUUAAUGUAUAAUGAAUAAGAAUAAUUACAUUCUUUAAAAAAAUUGUAAUAAAUGAGCACAAUGCGGCUGAGCUUUGUUUAGUACGAGGGCGACACUGAAAGUUUUUGAAACUGGCCACUUGUAAACGAUAUAAUAAAAAAAUAAGUUCAAAUUUUGAAAAUGGAACUCUUUGCCAAUAUUAUUGUGUAUGUAUUUUAUUAAUUUGUCAUUGGUUUACGAUUUGGCGGAAAAUUGAAAAUUGUCUGUGUCACGUCAACAUGAAUUUAACGCAAGAAAAUUUUCGUACAAUGAUUUUUUAUGACUUUCGAUGUCAUUUAAGUCAACAAGAAAGUUAUGAUAGACUUCGAUUGGCAUUUCACGAUGAAGCCGCGUCUCGUACCACUGUUUACAACUGGUUUAAUGAAUUUAAACGUGGUCGUACUAAUCUCACCGAUGAUCUGCGUGAGGGACGGCCUUCUACGGCGACGACUGAAGAUAACAUCAGUGUUGUGCAGCGUAUGAUAGAGACUGAAAAAAGAGUGACUUAUCAGCAGAUUCGGACAAGCUUAGGCAUCGGUAUGAGUCAAGUGCACAAAAUCCUCCAUGAACAUUUAGCGAUCAGAAAGCUUUUUGCCCGGUGGAUAUCUUAUAAUUUGACAGAGGCCCAAAAACUCGGUCGUGUUGGUUAGUGUCGUGAAAUGGUUCAAAGAUUAAACGGAGGUGACUUAAAUGCUGUGUUCGACAUACUUACAUGUGACGAAAGCUGGAUUUAUUAUUAUGAUCCUGAUACUAAGAGACAGUUUGCUGUCUGGGUGUUUCCUUCAGAGGAGAUGCCAACUAAACUGAAGAGAGUUCGAAGCGUGGGAGAAAAGAUGGUGGCCUCGUUCUUCGGAAGGACUGGUCAUUACGCAACAAUUAUUUUAGAGGAUCUGAAAACAGUUACUGCAGAAUGGUACACUAACAAUUGUUUACCAGUUGUCUUGGAAAAAGUUCGGAAGAAACGACAUCGCAGUAGGAUCCUCCUUCACCAUGACAACGCCGCGUCGCACAUCGCCAAGCAAACAAUCGACUACUUGGCGACGUCAGACGUGGAAUUACUAGGUGGUCACCCGCCCUAUAGCCCCAACCUUGCGAUUUUUAUUUAUUUCCGAAAUUAGAAGAAAAACUUCGAGGAAAAAGUUUUAUGGACGCUGAGGAAGCAGUGGCUGCGUUUCAAAAUGCCGUCGAAGAGACCUCUAAGGGCGAGUGGGAAAAGUGCUUUUCUCAGUGGUUUCAUCAGAUGCAGCAAUGUAUUGAUGUAUAUCUAUGGACACUAUUUUGAAAAGAUAUAAUAAAACUAAUAACUUGCUAGUUUGUUUAGUUUUUGAUUUUCUACGAACUUUCAGUGUCCCCCUCGUAACUGACGAGAAUCAGAGACACAUUUACUCUCUCUAUAGAUCUCAUGUAAUCUCCAUUUUGAUUCUUAAUCGAAGUUAGAUGUAGCUAUCUAUGAACUACAGCAUCUUACUUACUCAGCUCACCCUCAGAUAGACUGGGUGCUAAUAAUUAAACUUUAAAGAUCCAAAAUUAAUGUGAAGGUUUUUGAUGUCAACAUAUUUAAAAAAGAAAAACUUUAAGAAUUUGUCAUACAUGUAUAAUGAAAUAAAAGAUAGCUUCAAAUAUUUUGCAAAUUAACAAUAAAAAAGACAAUAUGUACCUACCUAGAGAUAUAUAUAAAGAUUAUUUAAAUUUGUUUAAUAGUUUGGUAGUUGCUUUCGACUUUUUGAACAACGUGUAAACGUGAAUUUGUCAAAGGUAUUUUGACUCUAAUCAACAAUGUCAUAUAUAUUGGCAUAACAGUAAUUUGUUUUUGUUGCUUUAAUACAUUAAAAAAUUCUUACAGGGGCCGGAGAGGAAGUCUUUAAAGUAAAUAUGUUUCUCAGAUUGUUUGCGAUCACGUGCUUAUGCGCGUGUGCAACAUUUUCCUUAGCACCGGAUAAGGUCUUUACUCAUAUUAUUAAAACACGAAGCAUCGAUCUUAAUAAUGCUCAUGGGCUUGCUAUGGAAAAUCGACUUGGCAGAAACGUCGUGCCAACCGGAUACUAUCUUGAACUGGAACCGUACAUAGAAGACGGCGUAUAUGAAGGCCGAGUGGUUAUAAACGUUACUUGGAAUACGGAGACCGACGAGAUAAAUCUACAUUGUGCUCCAGAUGUAGCAAUUGUAAAUUCGAAGGUUGAAUUGUUUGGAGAAUCGUAAGUUUUUCUUAUUGUUGCAUUCCUUCAGUUUUUUUAUAGUAUAGUUUCACAAAUGCCUACUUAAAUAUUUGCAAUUUGAAGGGUUAGUAUAUAAUAGUCAUUAAUAAAACGUUUAAAUACUUAAGUUAGAUUACAGAACAGACAGAAACAGAACUAGAACAGAAAAAGAUAAAAUAAUGUACCAUCUUAAAGGCACGUGAAAACAUACAGAGUGACAUUAUCCGUGCAGUGGCGGUGUAAUAAUAUCCCCAAAUUAUCCGGUGGGUGUUGUAAGAGGCAGAAGUAAAAAAAAACCAAGAGAUGGGCAGAAAAGUCUCUUUAAUUAAACAAUUAG